UUGGCGAGUGUCCGUCGAUGCGGCCCAAGCUCCUUGAGCACCCGGCGCCGUCCGAGCACGAACGUCGACUGCGCAAGGCGUACGGCGCACCAACUGCAUUUGCGGCGUUUGUCAAGAAGCCGGUGCGACCGACCUCGGCCAACCCAAUCGCCGCUCGCCUUCGGGUCGAGUGCACACCAACCGUUGCGUGCGAGCGGCCGCCAAGCAACAAUGAGCCAUCCAGUGCGUUGACACUGCCAGCGCCAAGUUGCACUGCAAAGGCUCCAAGCAGCACUCUCAAUGUCACAUCUUCCCCGCCGAACCUCCUGCAGCCGCCGACAUUUUCUGCCAAGAAGCUACCUCCGAAAGCUCCGACCAAACUAGCGAAAUCUGCACCGCCACGACGGCCCAUCGUGCACCAGGCAACAAAGCCACCAGCAACAGCAAAGCCUUCUUCAUCACGCGGUGUUCCAGUACGGCCAAGUGCUCCAAAGCGGCGUCCACGGCCUACAUCUGCCCUGCCCCACCGUCCCUCGGGCGGCGUCAAGGCGGCAUCCCAAACGACAUCCCCGAUUCGAGACGCCCUGUAUCCCAGGGGCGACGUCCAUGACAAGAAACAAUUAGUACCUGAGAGGACAAAGGAGCCCAAAGCCAAAGUUGCGCGCCCAGCAACCGCACCAAGUCGGCGGCCUCGGGUAAUCGAAGCGAAGCGUAUCAAGCCAGACGCAGCAUCCUCGGACGAUUGUUGUCUCGCUUUGUAUGGUGACGGGGCUGUGAGUUGGUCGUUGCCGCCAAUCUCAUCCUCGAUACGGAGCAACAUCUGCAGCGUGAGCAUUUGGCUGCUGCGUGCCGCCGUCCCUGAUACGUUCGUGUCGUCCAAGCGCCACCAGGCCGCGCACCUCAACGACGAUGGUCAUUUCGUCUCAUGGUCGUGUUGUGGCUCGACCAACAAGUCCAUUUACGGCUGUACAGCUACAUCCGCGGCCGCCGGCUCCGAAACUGGCAGCGGUCGUCUAGUUGCCACCCUCUCGAUUGGCAAUCUCGCGAUUCGCAUCGCAGUUGAUGGAGCUACCGUCAAUGGCGAUGAGUGCACGGCGUUUUCGCUUCCAUUCGACCAUUGGUGCCACGUGGUGCUCGUGGUUGAGCCACAAGCGCUCAAUGUGUACACUGACGGCAUUUGCGUCGACACGGUGUAUCGCCGACAUGGUGUACCGGUGGCCGACACGGUUGCUGCGCCCACGCUGUCCAUCGGCAGUGCGAUGCCGUCAACCGAAGGGCUUCAUGGUCUCGUAUCCCAAGUACGCGUCUGGGGUCGCGCGAUGAAUGCCAAUGACGUGGCAGCAUUGCACCAGGCGGACUAUAGCACGGCGUCGCCCCCGGUCGAUCCAACGCGCCUUCUCGAUGUCUCGUUCUCAACACCCGACCAUGUGUACGACACGGCACAGCGCGCGACCCGUCGGUCGCUUCCUUUUACGACGUCCGGCCGUGUUGCUUGGCGCCAGCACGCGCUGCCUCGACCCCUGUCGCCCGCCGUCGUGUAUAUGGCCGACUUCAACUCGACGAGCGGUUGCGACGCAAGUCGACGCGACGGCUUGCCAUUUCCUACGCUCCUCGAGCAAUUCCGGACGCGUGGCAGCGUCUUUGAGCUUGUGCUCGAGUUUGCCGUAAGCGCAGACGACCAUCACCGCGAUAUGCCACGGCGCAUGUCUGGAUCGACCCUCAUGGAUCGCAUCCGUGACAUUCAAAACCUCUGGGCAACGUUUGCGCCGACAUCGGUGCUCUGCAACCCCGAGAGUUGGCGACCGUACCCGCGCCCCAACAGCUUUGAGGUUCUCUGUCAUAUCGGCCGGUCGGGGCCGCCACAGUACAUAUGUUUACAUUCGCAGCUCGAGUCGCAGUCAAUGCCAGAGAUCGCAAUCCUGCAGCGGAAGCUCCAACAGCUUCUCCACACCGAAAGCCUCCGAGCACCGUACGAGACCGUCGUGCAGCAAACGCUUCGUCGCAUGGUGACACUCGCGUCGUCGCAGCACGCCGAGACGCUCGUAGCGCUUCAACCACCAUGCUCCAUCAAACGACUGCUCAAGUAUCUUGACGGCGUCGGGUGCUUCUUGGACGAGGCGGAUGUGCUAACUCUGGUCGAUGCACUGCAACACUUUCAGACGCUACCACGCGCGUACCGAGCCCACCCGCCAAACUUGUACCGGGCCAACCAGCACGUGCCGUCGCGCGCCGGGGUCUACGCAUUUCCGCCAUCCCAGCAACUCCAGUUGCAAGUGUCGGGUCUCCCCGGCUUUCACGUCGCUUGUUACUCGUUUGAUGUUUGCUGGCAGCUGCGCGAAACACUGCACUCGUCAAUUCAACGCUCAGACGACCACGCGCUGCAGCUCUCGUCGACGACGACAAUUGCGUCGACCGUCGAGACGAUCGAUCUCAAGAUGGUCUCGUUGCACCCACACGUCCAUGCGAUGCUAUUCCUAGUCCAAACGACGGCAACGACGGGACACAAACCGCUUGUUGUCAAAUGGGUCUCGGUCGACGGCGCCCACGGUCCUUGUAGCAACCUCUGUGCGCACUUUUGCGUCACAGCGCCGCCGAUAGCUAGCGCGUUGGCACUCUGUGCACUGCGCCGGUGCAAAACGACGUUCGAGUGGCAGCUCGUGGCACUUGGUGACGCGCUCUCGCCGUCGCUGACGCUGCUCCAGUCGAUGCGGGCGCUCAUUCAAGCAAAGUUGGCGCUGACAUACACGCUGCGCAUCCAGCACGCGACAGCCGAGCACAAGUACGUCGAGUACGCGAGGCGACUGGAAAAGCAUUUGCAAGCGCAAUACGAGACGCUCACCAUCGCGCGGGUGCCAGCAUUGCCCAUCUCUGCGACGCAGCCCGGUGUGCGAAUUCUUCUCGAGAGCUCGAGCGACCCCGCGAUUCUUCUGUUUCAGCAGUCGCUGCAAGACCAAACGCCUCUGCCGGCGCUGCGCCAGAUCCAAGAAAAGCUCCGAGACACCAUUGAAUCCCAUGGAUGGUACAUGCCACUCCGAAGCAGUCCGAUCAAGCAGAAAGCCUCGCCACUGCCAUCGAAAACCGCCGUCUCGACGAGUCUCUUGUUUCUCGACGCAGAGACCUCGCACCCGAUUUCAAAUGUCCAAAUCUCGUACGAAGCACUUGUCGGCAGCGUGCUGCAGUACAAACCACCUAUCGCCACCCAGCUACCAGUCUCGAUUGUCGUGCGCCUUCAGCAAAAAGCCCAUUUCGUCCAGGAGCGCCGGCGAGAGCAAGCCCAGCACGCGCUUGCAGCGGCACUUGUGGAGCGCGUUAUUCAAGUAGCGAUGGCACGGGCUGUGCAGCACCACGUACGAAUCCUUCGGAAAGAUCAGCAGUUGGUGGCCGCUAUCAUGCUCUUGCGUCGCGCCAUGCGGCGUCGAUUUUGGACGAUUCAGCAAGCCAUUUUGGUCAAAGUCCAGCAGUGGAAGCGAGAAGCGGUGCAGUUGCCGACGCAUCGCAUCGUGCGGCAGUACAAUAUCACGUCACCUCGCCUCGAGCUCUCGUCGAGUGAAAAGGACGUGCUCUUGCAAGGGCUUGCAAUCCCAAGUUUCACGCAAAAUACGCUGGCCACGCCGACGAGGCCGCAUGUGAAUGAAGAUUGGGUCGACGACUGGCGUGUAAUUGCCGAGCAACUCCAGCUAAAAGAGCGAGCCAAUCACAGCAGCAGUCAAGGUCUCUGGCCACUGCCGCCAGUGCGAUUGCAACCCGAGACCAUGUACACCUUUCGGGCGACGCAUCCCGCGUACGAAGCGUUGACCGUGCAGUGCACGCUCUACCCGUUCCGCACACCUCGCCCACUCCCAGUUCGUUUGGUACCCAAGCGACACCCCGUACGGUUCCAGCUGCAGACGGUCGAGGCAUCCCAUCUUUGUCUUCGGGAUGUCCCCAUUGAGAUCAUUGCCAGUGCGUCCUGCGGCGCGCGUCGUCACGUCGUAAAUACGGACGGCCGUGGGCAAGCGUCCAUAGCGCUGCUCCGAGGCGCAUACUCGGUGCACGUCCUCUCCAAGUUGCCGACACGAGGUAUCACGUCCAAGUACGUGCCUCUGCAGAUCGAGACCGACGGAAAGGAGACGCGUCUCGUGCUGCUCCCUAUCGAGCGACACCCGAUGCCAGUGCGGUGCCACGCCGUCUGCAUCGACACGGGCCAUCUUGUCGAGCACGUUUGUGUGGAUAUCUCCGAUGCGUCGGGGCCAGUAGCUCAGUUAGCGCCCAGCGGACGGCUGCCACUCGGUCCGUACAUGGCACGAGCGAACGUCCCGGGCUACUUCGAGGAUGCUCACCCCGUGUACAUUCCGCUCGCUGCGUCGCCAGGAACGAUGACAAUUCUUCCACUGUUCUUGUGCCCCCAUGUUCGGUUUCCCGACGAGCUCUGGAUCGUUCUACAAGCUUCCACAUCAAAUGCCCUCGUGCUGCAUGCUGACGCCACCGACGGCUAUGGCGUCGUGCAAACGGCCUCGUAUCUUCGCGAGGCAACGCAGUGGUGCGAGUGCAAGCUGCUACAGCACGCACCCGACGAAGCCCAAGUGAUGCGCAUUACGACGACACCGAAGAUGCAACUGGACGUGCACGUGCGCUGGACGCAGCGUACCUAUGUCGAUAGUGAUGUACAUGCGUCCGUGCGCGUGUACGGAAUCCAUGGGCUUGUGCAGCACCACACGAAGGUCGUCGACAGUUUCCAUGCGUUGGCACCGACGGGCUGGCACGCGUGCACACUGGCGUCGCCGAAUUGA